GAUGGAGAUGAGGAUGAUGAAGUCAAUGUGGAAGGGGAGGAAGGAAGGGAGGACAAGGAGGACAAGGAGGACGACGAGGACGACGAGGACGACGAGGAAGAGGAGGACAAGGACGACGAGGCCGAUGAGGCCGAGGAGGACGAGGAUGACGAGGCCGACGAGGACGAGGACGACGACGAGGAUGACGAGGACGACGAGGACGACGAGGACGACGAAGACGACGAAGACAAGGAGGAUGAGGAGGAUGAGGAGGACGAGGAGGACGAGGAGGACGAGGAGGAGCAGGACGAGGAGGAGGGAGAGGAGGGCAUAGAAGGAGGGGAAGUAGGAGACAGAGAGGAUGAUGAGGUGGAGGAUGCUGUUGAAGGGCGAGGGGGGGUUCAUAAUGGUGGCCGAGAAUGCACAGGGGGAAUAGCAGUGGGGACCGCAGGCGGCGAAUGAUUAAUCCUGCACUCAGCUCAAACUAUUUAGAGUCCUAUGUUCCGGGUCACCUGUUGGGUUGGCCUCUGGCUGUAUGCAUUUUGGAUUUGCACCACAACAGCCCCUGUUCCACGUAGAUGAGUAGAUCCCUAACCAAAUCAACUUCACUUCUAUUGCACACAAUGAAGCACACUUGAGAUG